ACUUCAUUGCUCAUUGUUUUGUGUACGAGCGAUUAUUUCACGUGCGAUUUAAAUAAAUUAAAUUAUAAUGUCAUCCUUUAAGAAGGCAUCAAAAUUAAACCAGAAAACUCAUCGAGAACGUGGUCAGCCUAAGGCACGCGAGAAGCUAGGCUUAUUGGAAAAGAAGAAAGAUUACAAAGUAAGAGCUCAAGAUCGUAAUGAAAAGGAAGAAACAAUUAAGCUAUUGCGAAAGAAGGCACUUAACAAGAAUCCAGAUGAAUUUUAUCAUCACAUGAUUAAUUCAAAGAUCCAGAAAGAUGAGCAUUUUGAAAAGGAUAAGGAAGAAGAUUUAACGCCUGAACAAAUGAAAUUGAUGGAAACUCAAGACAGUAAAUACAUUAAUAUGAAGCGAGUGAUUGAGAGGAAAAAGAUCCAGAGACUUCAAAGUCAAUUACAUUUUAUCAGUCGUGAAAAGAAAGUCAAGAACCAGCAUAUAUUUUUUGUUGACAAUAUGAAGGAAGCAAAGGAUAUAAAUGAAACUUUACUUUUAACUAAAACAGGAUCAAAGUUAAGUGAGGAAGCUAUUCAAUUGCUAAAUCAAGAACGUGACAAAUCUUACAAGGAAUUAGAAAAGAGGAAAGAACGUGAGAAGGAACUGGCAAAGAUCCAGCGUAAAAUGUCAGUUAAAAAUCUGACAAAAAAGCAAAAAAGUGCAUUUAAACCAAAAGAGCUCCAAGAAGCUGCAAAAUCAUCUCAUGUGAUCUUCAAAUAUAAAUAUCAGAGAAAGAAGUGAAUUAAUUAAAGUUGAUUUUUUUGUAUGAUGAAUUAAGAAAUAAAUAUAGCAAUUUAAGUAUCUCUUUAUCGUUUAUAAU